AUGCCUAUAGAUAUAAAGAUACCCAAUACCCAAUCGAAGAUCAAUGGCCUCUAUCCACCAAAUCGCAUCAGAAAUAGAUUCCGAUUCGGUGUAUCAGGGCACCAGAAAGCGCCGGAGAUAACCUUUAACGUACCGAUAUUUCCAAUAACUUGCUCUAUCGACGUCGCGUGCCCGCCUUUAAAAUCGAUACGUGCACAGGCUCCCGGCACCAGUCUCUUCGGAGGCGUGGGUUCGAAUCCCACCGCUGCCAUCUUCUUUUUUAUUACAAUUCCUUCAACCAUCGACCAUCCUCGACCGCCUGAAACAACCGACGAGCCGAUGCCGUUCCACCGUCGUUACGGUCCCAUCGCCCUCUACAAAGAAUUCUUGAACUACUUCCAUAUCGGCAAGAAUGUGGGAAAAGGAAUGUAUAGACUCCGCUCGGCCCGCCUAAUACAAGGAAAUCAUCUCGACGAGGAGGUAACCGGAAUGCUCGCAUCGUCGACACGGCGAUUCCCCCAUUUUUCACUUUGGGAUAGAAUCCCCGAACUUCGACUGAGCUGCCAAGCGAUUGUGAUAACCGAAGCUUCAUCCAGACCUGUUCCAGCACAACCACCAUGCCAGGACCUUCCAGACCUCUGUGGCAAGUAA